UGUUAAUACUGAGCAUCGUGAUAACUUGCAUCGGAAUCUUUUGUCAAUUUUACUUUUCUAAUUUCAUCCGACGAUGGCAGUUAUGAGAAAAUUCAGCCAGUUCGUUUUACGAACGCAAUUUAAAACUUUAAAAUUGGAAUAUUCAACUAAUGCGGGUUUGUUGAGCGACAUAAGCGUGUUGGAUCUGAGUAGGGUUGUGGCUGGACCUUUUUGUACAAUGACCUUGGGCGAUUUGGGCGCGAACAUUAUAAAAGUUGAGAGUUUGGAUGGGGACGAAGCGCGCAAAUGGGGCCCGCCCUUCAUAAAAGAUAGCAAAGAUUCGUAUUAUUUUUUAUCAGUGAAUAGAAACAAGAAGAGUAUCUGUAUUGAUUUUAAAAGUCAAGAAGGCAAGAAAGUGAUCUAUGACUUGGCAAAAAAAUGUGACGUUCUUGUGGAGAACUUCAUCCCAGGCAAGUUAGACCAACUAGAGGUGGGAUACGAGAAACUGAAGACGGUCAAUCCGAAACUUAUAUAUUGUGCCAUCACUGGUUUCGGCCCCAGAGGACCUUACAUGAAGAAACCUGGAUAUGACGUCAUCGCGGCUGCAAUGGGCGGAUUAUUACACACGACCGGGGAACGCAACGGCAGCCCGGUCAAAGCCGGAGUCGCCAUCACUGACGUCACUACCGGCUUGCACGCAUUUGGAGCCAUCAUGACUGCAUUAUACCACAGACAAAAAACCGGCAAAGGACAAAAGAUAGACUGCAACCUUCUAUCCACCCAAAUAGCUAGCAUGAUUAAUGUAGCUAACAUAUAUUUGAACUGCGGCAUCGAAGGUCAGCGCUGGGGUACGGCGCAUGCGAAUUUGGUGCCGUACCAAGCUUUCAAAACAAAAGAUGGUUACAUGGUCAUUGGUACAGGAUCCAACGCCCAAUUUGCGGACUUCUGCAAGCUGAUUGACAGAGAAGAUCUAAUUACUGAUGAGAGAUUUAGCGAUAACUCCAAAAGAGUACAAAAUAGAGAUGAGAUAGUUAAUAUAAUUAGUGAAGUUGUUAAAACUAAGACGAAUAAGGAAUUAAUUGCUUUUAAGAAUGCAUCGUUUCCUAACGGACCUGUGAAUUCAAUGCAGGAUGUGUUUGAUGAUGAACACGUGCAGGCUAUCGGGCUGGUUAAGGAGCUACAGCAUCCGAAGGCUGGGACUAUCAGAGUUGUCGGUCCCCCCACGGAGUACAGCGAGGGUGGUAACCUGGCUAGAAAUGCCCCACCCUUACUAGGUCAACAUACAAAGGAGAUUUUGUCAGAUUUCCUAGGAUACCAUGAUGCUAAGAUUGAGGGGUUGCUAGAAAAUAAUAUUGUAAAAUAAAUAUUUUUAUAUUUGAGUAGCAAAGAAUAAUAGAAUGGUGAUUGUAAAAUAACAAAAAAAUCAAAAUUCUGGACAUGCGCGUGUAUGUCUUAAUGGAAUUUUAGUUAUAAAGAAAAUUUUGUGAAGUAAUCUAAUAAGAAGAAAGUGAAAUAAUAGUACACGGUGACAAAUUUUAAUAAAAACAGAGUUUGUAGAACAAAUAAUUUUCAUAAUCUAAAGUGAAUUUUUAAGAAGCCUAUCCACCAUUUAUAGUAAGCAUAACGUAGCUAGGAAAAAUAUUAACUUUCUUUUGGCCUGUAAUAACAUCUUUGUUAAUACAGACCAAAAGACAGAUCAGGGGGUUUAUUCUCUAUACCACACGAUAUUUUGACAGUUUGUAACAAGCACGUAAUCAGCCUGUGUAUAUCCGAUUCCAACAGGCCGCCAUAAUUGUGUCGACUGUCGAGGGGUAAUCAUCUCUCGUCAGUCGACAUCUUAUUUGACCCCACUCCACUUACCAUCAGGUGCAGUGGGAUCACUUUGCGGUGCAUGUAUAAAAAAAGAAACAAAGAGAAUAAGGCUUCAUUCAGACUUCCUACGACAAACAACGCCUCUUAGUCGAUAUUUCGUGAUAAAAUACUUAACACAACAUCACGGCUAGUGCUAACACAUUAUUAAUAAAUAUUGCACGUAUUUUUGUUUUUAAAAACACGUAUUGAAGUAUUUGGGUUUUUCUGCCCAGUAUCAGCCCGGAGUCUGGAAUUUGUGCCCGAUAUGGCGAUAGGCUUGCUUCCCUAUAGCAUUAUGGGACGGAACACACUUGGCUACAGAAGGUGUCCUGGUUGCGCCUCUGCAUACCCCUUCGGAGAUAAAUGCGUGAUGUUGUGUGUGUAUCAAAGAUGAAACGUUGAAGUAAUCUUACAGUUUCGACUCUACUUUUGUCAUGUUAAUGUCAAAAUUAUGACGAUUUUAUCUGAAGGCAAAUAAAUUGUAAUCUUGAUUGUAGAUAACUAUAUUUGUGUUUGUAAACAUAACUCGAUUAUUGUAUAAUACUUAUGUUUUAUGUAAGUUUUAUU